UCUCUUUCUCCUUUGUUUCGAUGGAGAGGGUUCAAUACAGCUGCGAAAAAAUAGAUCUUAAUCUAAAGCUUUCAUCUUGGGAUGAAAAUGCAGAAGAAAGUAGGUUGACAAGGUCAUCGUCGUUGGUGGGAAAUGGGGCCCAGUGGGGUCCAUCUCUUGACAGAUCUUGCUCACUGCCAGCUGAGUGUGAGAGAAUGGUGGGGGAGAGGCAGAGGAGGGUGACAAUACUCUCACCUCAAGUUCUUGCUUGGGUCGCUGCUUCUGCUGCUAAUGUGAAGAUACCAACACUUCAUAAACUCAGAGAACCUUUUCAGGAUUAUUCAGAGCUUCAGGGUCCCAAAGUUUCUGCUAAAGGAGUUCGUUCAACCAUCCAGACAUCAACCAAGCAGGAAAAUGAUUCCAUGGUUUCCCAGAAAACAAUGGCAAAGGAAAUUCCACACAGGCCUGCUGAUACUAUGCUGGAGAAUCCAGCCAAAAAACAUAAACUUGGGAACUACUGUAGUCUUAAGGGUGAUGUAAUGGAGAUCCUGAGACAGAUGCCAAGUGUGACUACUACUGGAGAUGGUCCCAGUGGUAAGAGAAUAGAAGGGUUUCUGUACAAGUAUAGAUCUGGUCAAGUCUGUAUUGUAUGUGUCUGCCAUGGUAACUUCCUCACUCCAGCAGAGUUUGUGAUGCAUGCUGGGGGCAAGGAAGUGGCCAAUCCCAUGAAGCAUAUCACUGUUUAUUCUAACUCAUUUUAG